AGUUACGUAUAGUGGUAUUACCCUUAUUCUUCUUUUUUCCUUCGCUUUAGUCGUUUAUCCCUCAAAAAACACUUUGGAACUUUUCUUCACUAAACUAAAAGCCACCAAGAAAUACCAGCGAGCGGCCUCGUCGAUUUUCAUUUACUCCGCACUCCCCACGAGAUCCGUUGCUAUUCUUUACAUCUAUCUGUCUAGCGGUGCGAGCCCCUCACCUUUUCCAUCCACACAGCUCUCGCGUGGUUCAGCAACGGUGCUGUGCACGGGAGCAGCCGCAGUGAUCGAAGCAGUGUUGCACCGCCUUUGUCCGUGGCCACGCACCAAUGAAGCGGGAGCUCAAGGUGUCCUUUGCCGCGUCUUCCGAGAAGGGAGGGAAGAGACAGUCUGCCAACCGCACCGCCUCACAGCAGUACACCAUCUCCACCGCGCCUCGGCAGGAGACAGAUGUCGCCAUUCAGCAGCUCGUCACGCCGCGGUCGCCGCUGUACCCGGAGAGUGUGAUCCCUCAACAGCACCGUGCGGCGGGCAGUCCCUCUCGUGCGUCCCCGCCGUUCCAUGAGGCCGCUGCGGAGCCCAACGGCGGAGGGGUGGGCGCCGCCGCGUAUCAGAGCGGGGUGGACGACCCGAACGCUACCGCUGCACUCGACCCGGCAAGUGGGGCCAUCCUGAUCUACCCGAAGAAGGUGGACAACCUGCGUCGCUUCCGCAUUCUUUUCGUGGGUCUGCUGCUUCUCAUCUCCAGCUCCACGCAAGGCAUCCACUCCCUCUUCGGAACGCUCUACCUGCAGGUCGCCUACCGGUUCACGGUGCGGCAGAUGGCCGUCGUGUACCUGAGCGGCCAGGCCUUCGGCAUGUUCGUGUUCCCCUUCGGCAUGCUGUACGACUGGUUCGGCCCCCGCUUCGCCGUCGCUGCCGCCUCGAUCAUCGCCGCGCUGGGGCACCUGCUGUACGCGCUGAUGUUCGGCGGCCACAUCGAUGUCACGGUGCCGCACUGCGCCAUCUUCUACGGCCUCAUGUGCUGGGGAUGCUACGCGCUGAAUGUCGUUGUGCUGCCGUCCGUGCUGACCCACAUGCCGCGUGACCGUGGGCAGCCGACGGGUCUGCUGAUGACCUUCUCCGGCCUUGGCAGCUCCUUCUUCUCCUGCCUGUUCCGCGGCUUCUUCGAGAACAACUUCGAGAACGUGAUGUGGUUCAUGUUUGCUGUGGUGGUGGCUGUGGGUGUGGUGGGCACGUGGUACCUGGAGGACGCCCCCUACAUGGUGAACCGGUGGCAGCAGCGCAACAUCACGCCGCGUCAGCAGCUGCGCAAGUACCUCAUCCGCAACCGCUACAUGUCGCAGCUGGUGCCGGGUCGGCGGUAUUUAAUCAUGACGGUGAUCCUGAUUCUCCUGAACUUCUACGUGACGAUUCAGGCGGUGGUGGUCUCGUACCUUGCGGAUCAGAUGACGGACGGCAAGCGGCGUGGCAUCGCCAUAGGUGCGAUCGUAAUCCUUCUGUUGUGUCUCAUCCUGGUGGUACCAUUUGAGGAGGUGGACGGCCCCACGGAGCAGGAUAAGCAGGUGAUUGAGGCCGCCAAGGCGAAGGAGUGCGAGAUUCGUGAGAUGCACGCGCAACGCACCUGCCACGCGGGCCGUCACUCGCGGCAGGCGCAUGAGCCGACGAGCCGCACACGCGACGGUGAGAACGUAAAGCCCUCAGACAAUCCCUUCACCUCUAAAAGCGACUAUCACUCCGAUGAGGUACGGGUCGGUGCUAUGGAUGAUGAUGAGCGUGCAGCUGAGCAAAGCGGCAGCAACGCUGCUCCUCUCCGUACGUGCAGUGUAUCGGCGCCUUCCAUGUCGUUGAAGGAGGGCGCGGAGACCUGCCGCACCACCACCGUACCCGCCCCUCCACUGCCUCAUCACGAGUCCUCCGCGCUUUCUGCGCAGCAGCACCAUCACCGUCGGCGUAGCACAGGCGGUGGUGCGCUGACGGAGCACCUGGGUCUGCCGCUGUACAAACUCACCGUCCCGAACCGGUCUCUCAUCUCCGUUGAUCUGGACGAGGAUGAAGCGGGGGAGGAGAAGGGUGCGCAGCAGCUGGACAAAAACCGCAUCUCCCCCCUCAGCAGCGCACGGCGGCACUCCCCGAACGUACCGCGGCGUUCCUUGUCCCUCAGCGUCUCGAGGCGGUGUCCCCAUGCUGCCGCCGUCUCCGCAUCCGCCACCCCACAGCUCGAGGAGCUCGCCGAUGGCAAACAGACGCACGACACCUCCUACCUGUUGAACUUCGACGACCGUGGGAACCUGAUGCUGAGCUCCGCUACCGUACCGCACUGCCACGAGAUCGGCGGAGACGCGGCACACCGAGCGGCAGAACACACGGAAGAAGAGCGAACCGCCGACUUCUCGUUUGAGCAGCCGCGAGUUGAGGUGAUCACCCUGUGCGGUGAGGUCUUCGUCGCCCCGGUGUACCAGACCACCUUCUGGGAGAGCCUCACGUAUCUGGACACGUGGCUGAUCUUUUACGUGACGAUGUGUGUGUGGGGCGUGGGGCUUACGAUGGUGGGCAACUGGAACAUUUACAUCAUGCUGCUGGCACGCUACGGCGGGAUGCAGCAGAAGCACUACAUGCUCUUCGCUGCCAUGGCGGGUGUGUGCACCGCCGGCGGACGCGUGUUCCUCGGCGUGUACGAGAGCAUGCUACAGGUCAUCCGUGAGCGCACCGGUGCGGCUGUCGUCCCCACCCUUCUCUACCCCAUCACCUCGAUUGGACUGCUUGUCGGCGUCAUCUUCUGGAUCGCGCUGCCCGGUGACAAGGUGCUCGUCCUCGCGUAUUUGAUCGGCCCCGCCUUCUACGGUGUCAGCAGCAGUGUGACGCCCUACAUCCUUGGCACCAUCUUCGACCGCGAUCUGGGCAUGCACUACGGCUUCUGCUUUCUAGCGGGUGCGGUGGGCUUCGUGCUGUGCUACUGGUGCUCGUGGUACCUGACCUACAAGAACGAGACGAUGCUGACCCCACUGGGCGAGCUGUGCAUUGGCCAGCGCCGCUGCAUGAAUCGCGCCGUCGGCAUCUACGUGGCCCUCGUGUUCUCCUCCAUCUUCCCCGCGUACAUCCUGCACCGCCGAUACUCGAAGCUGGUGCGAGGGAAACUGGUUCAUCGUCGCGUGAUCGUCCCCCGCAUCAAGAAGAUGCUGGCGCUGUGCGGGUCCGGCUGUUGUGGGGAGCAGGGUGUGAAGGCUCCCCACGGUGGUGACAGUGACGGUGACAACAACGAGGUGGCGAAUAAGGUGUGA